CCACAAGACCAAGGCGUGAUGUACUCCGGCUUCCGUUCCGGGGGGGGAUCAGGGGAAGGUUGGAAGUGUGUGCCCCGCCUCCUCUGCGGACUCCCAGGGAGGGGGUGGUGCGCGGUGUCCUAGCUCCGGGCAGAAACCCGCUACGGGGUCCCGGAAGGUCCGCUUCGUUCCUCGCAAGGCUUCCUCUUCCGCCAGUCGCCGCACGAGGCCCGCCCCUCCCGCCGCCGGAAGAAGCCGUUGCCCGGAGCAACUGUAACGUCCGGCUUUCGGAGUUUGGCGGCGCGAAAGGCCAUGAGUAAAGGCAGGGCUGAAGCGGCGACUGGCGCCCCCGGGGUCCUCCUGAAGUACCUGCAGGAGCAGAACCGGCCCUACAGCGCCCAGGAUGUGUUUGGGAACCUGCAGCGGGAACACGGGCUGGGCAAAGCGGCCGUGGUGAAGGCGCUGGAGCAGCUGGCACAACAAGGCAAGAUUAAAGAGAAGAUGUACGGCAAGCAAAAGAUCUAUUUUGCGGACCAGGACCAGUUUGACACGGUGAGUGAUGCUGACCUCCAAAGCUUGGAUGCCAAAAUCGUGACCCUCACUGCCAAGGUGCAGAGCUUGCAGCAGAGCUGUCGCCAAAUGGAGGCUGAGCUGAAGGAGUUAACUAGUGCCCUGACCACACCGGAGAUGCAGAAAGAGAUCCAGGAGUUAAAGAAGGAAUGUGCUGGCUACACAGAGAGACUGAAGAACAUCAAAGCAGCCACCAGCCAUGUGACCCCGGAGGAGAAGGAACAGGUGUACAGAGAGAAGCAGAAGUACUGCAAGGAGUGGAGGAAGCGCAAGAGGAUGGCAACAGAGCUGUGUGAUGCAAUCCUGGAAGGGUACCCCAAGAGUAAGAAGCAGUUCUUUGAGGAAGUUGGGAUAGAGACAGAUGAAGAUUAUAAUGUCAAGCUCCCAGACCCCUGAGAGCCCCCGUGUUAGGACUGGGUUAUGGGGACAGAGUCCCAGACUGGCUGCCAGCGUUUUUAUUGUUGCUGCUGCUUUCGGCCUUGGGGCAGGGUAGCUGGGAGCGGGGCAUAAACCAGAGCGGGAGGGGAAGGAGUGCUGUCACCCAGAGUCGAUGGGUACACUCAUCACAUGGUCUAGAAUGUAAUUUCAAAUGCUUGCGCUUAACACUUAGACUUGGAACUAAAGGAAAGCAUUUGGCAAUAUUUAUUGUAAUAUAAUUUGAUAUAAAAAUAUUUAAUUUCCUCUAGAUAAUCAAACCUCCCAGAUAACAAAUCUGAGGAAGGCAAAAGGGAGGUUGGGGGACAAAGGUAGAGAGAGGCUA